AUGGGGACUCCCCGAGAAAGCUGCCACCCCCGCGGUCUAGCGGGUAUCGAGUCCACGAUCACAAAGGGCACAAAUGAGAUCGCCCCGAAGGUGGAGGACGCCUGCACUGUGAGGACCUUGGAACCAGGCACACUGGAGAAGCUGGUGAACUACCUGGUGCCUGCCCAGCGCUGCGGAGACCCCUUCUUCGUGCCUGCGUUCCUGGCCACCUACAGGCGGUUCGCCACCACGGGGCAGGUGCUGGAUCUGCUGUUCCGCAGGUAUGAGUUCUUCCACCCCAACAGUGAGGAGGACCAGCAGAGCAAGAGUGCUCUGAGCUCCUUCCUGGAGACCUGGUUGCGGCAAUACCCACGAGACUUUUGCCAGGGACCAGACCUGGCCUGUGUGAAGCAGCUCCUAACGUAUGCAUUGAUCAACCUUCCAAAUUCGGAAAUUAUCUCUGAAGUGUGCAGACUUCUGAACCAACGUGAAACCCACUAAGUAGGAUCCAAUCCCAAGGGAGCUGGUCAUCUGGCUGCAGGACAGCUCA